AUGCGUGAGUCCAAAGCCCAGGGUGCAGCGGCAGACAGCAGUCUGUUAGGCAAAGCAACCACGUCUAAAUUUCACUGCAUCCCUCCCAGUUCUCGGUUGAGGAGCGGGCUGUCCAGCCCAGAGAGGAGGAGGCGUCGGGGCGGAGUCGGAGCCCCGGAUUCCCCUUCGUUCCAGACUCUUUCUUGCUCCGGAACAACCUGGACUUUGGCUGGCUCCUCCUUGUUCAACAUCAGAGUUGACAACUCUGCUCCAGGUGGAGCGGUCCCUGACGCGGGCGCACACAUCCCGGGGAUUCUGGUCACAGCUUUCCCAGGGCGGGGAGAAGGGGAUCACUGCACACCCUGGGAAUCCGGCAGUCGUCACAAAUUAUGCAGCCUGGCUCCUCAGCUCCUAUUCUGGGGACAUCAGGCUUCCCACUGCCGGAGACUUAGCUUAAGUCCCUGCUGCGGAGGUGACUCAAUUUGGGAGUUUGCAGCAAGGAGGACCUGGAGCCAUCAGGGGGUCCCAUCUCGGCUAGGUUCAAUGUCCGGUUGCACAAACCCCCAGAUUAUCUGGGUCUUAAGGGGCCCAGGUGCAGAAGGGUUUUCUCUUGCAAGUCUUUCCCAAGCUGCUCUCUCCAGAACAUCCUGCAUCAGCUUAGAUUGGUUUAUGCUCCUUCUUCAGUGCUCCUUCUGACCAGCCACCUGAAGCCGCCCUUGGGCAUGAGAAAUGACAGUGGCAAAGGCUUGAUUGCUCAUCCAAUAGCUGGAAGAAGUUACUUUAUUGUAAUUUUCUCAAGGCAGGAAGGGAUGCUGUGAGCUGUGAUUAGCGCCUGACUGUGUUUAUUUAUUCGUGACACACAUCACAGGGGCAUCACAGGACAGCCGUGUGCUCUUAGCAGUUUCCUGGGACUAGCCUGAAGUUGGAAGCUGCUCCAGGAAUGGGCCUCAGAUACUGAUCGUCACGGGAAGGGGCAUGCUAGAGAGGUUUAUGAUUUCAAACGAGAAAAAAAAAAAGUCUUCUAGAAAUGCUCUUUCCAAAGCUUCUGGUGGUAUUUGGAAUGUUUCUCUUGUAAUAAAGUGGAAAUGUCUACGGUU